AGAUUAAGGGGCUGUUUGUUUCAGCCUCUUAAUGGUUCAGAUGUCUGAAUGGUUCAGCACUUAAUGGUUCAGACUGUUUGUUUCAGCCUCUUAAUGGUUCAGAUGUCUGAAUGGUUAAGAGAUUUGCUUCUGAAUGGUUAAGUAUUAUACAGAGUCUGAAUGGUUAAGACCUCUUAUCUGAAUUGAUCAGACAUUUGCCUCUGAAUAGUUAAGCAAUAUACUAACUCUUAAUGGUUCAGACCUCUUACUGGUUCAGCACUUAAUGGUUCAGACCUCUUACUGGUUCAGCACUUACCCAUUCAGAAACGGGUCAACCCACAACGGUAAACCUAAUUUCUUUGCUGCUUUGGUGCGCCAUCUACCACUCAUGGCGGCCGUAUUAUCGAUAUCACCCUCUUCUUGCUCCCGCUUCCGCCGUGGGUUUAAUCCUCUUCUCUGCUCCAGACAGCGUCGCGUUUCCGCAUUACUUUCCGGCAAUCGUAUUAGAGCUUACAGAUUGUUUGUCACUUCUGCAACAAAAUUUGAUGUCUUUACUUCGCCAGAAAUUGUGAAGUCAUUUGAUUUUAGUAAUGAGGAGCGCAUCUAUAAAUGGUACGGCUGAUUUAUUGAACCAUGUUUGUUUUUUUUCUUUUUUUGGAUCUCAGUAGAAUGAUAUUAAUCUUCUGUUUCCUUUUUUUGUAGGAAUGAAUAUUUAGAAAAUGUAUUUUUAGAAACAAGAAAAGCUAAUCCUUGUU